ACUGAUAAAUCGGUAAGAUUUGAGCUGCAUGGCAAUUUAAAUUCAGGGUUUGCCGUAUGUUUAGCAAUAAAACAUGUUUUCCAUGUAAAAUCACAAAAUUUCAAUUUUCAGUUAAAGUUAAACUCUGUCAGCCAUAACUUUAUCCUCGCCAAACCCCGUACUCUCUCCUUCUCUCUGCAAAAUAUUUACCUCUCCGCACACAGAGAGAAGUCAUGGAGAGGCUUCUGUAUUCUCCUCCUUCUACUCCCUUAAAAACCCACCUCAAAAGGCCCACUCCUUUGCUCCCUAGACUCAGCAAACUUGAGUCACCAAAACUUGGUUUUCCCUCGUUGACAAGGCCUGGGUUCAGGAGAGUCAACUCGGUCUCUUGCAAAUAUGAGAAUCCAUCAACCCCACCUCUUCAGGUUGAUUCUUCAACUGGGUCGACGCCAAAAUCCAACCAUGUCAAACAGAUCGUUGGUGGAGUUUCUGUGAAGUCUAAGGCAGCUACUCUUGGGAUAUUCGUGGUAGUUUCUGGUAUUAUUAUGUUCUUAAUCCACCCAGUUUUCGCUUUUCCAGCUUUUGCAACCUUCCAAACUGCUGCCAAUACCGGGGGGGCUGCUGCUGCUGCAGGGGCAAAACUUAUGCGAACUGAACUACUGAACAGUGGUUGGGCUGGUUUCUUUGCUGGUUGCUUACACACAUUGUCAGGGCCUGACCACCUUGCUGCUUUGGCUCCACUCUCAAUCGGUCGAUCCCGGAUGGAAAGCGCUGCUGUUGGAGCUCUUUGGGGUUGUGGGCACGAUGCAGGUCAGGUCAUAUUUGGCUUGCUCUUUCUACUCUUAAAGGACCGACUCCACAUUGAAGUUAUCAGAACAUGGGGCACAAGAGUGGUCGGUAUAACUCUACUUGUUAUUGGUGCUAUGGGUAUUAGGGAGGCCUCGGAAGUCCCAACUCCAUGUGUUGCCUUAGAAAAUGGUGACCGUGAUGUUAGUGUCUAUGAAGCACUAGAAACCCCAACAGUAGGGAAGAAGAAAAGGGUCGGUUUUGCUACUUUUGCUACCGGUAUUGUCCAUGGGCUACAGCCAGAUGCAUUGAUGAUGGUGUUGCCUGCACUGGCAUUGCCUUCUCGUUUGGCCGGAGCUGCAUUUCUAAUCAUGUUCUUGUUUGGAACUGUGGUUGCAAUGGGUAGCUACACGGUGUUUAUAGGGUCAUGUAGUGAAGCAUUAAAAGACCGAAUACCCAGAAUAACAGAGAAACUGACAUGGGCUUCUUCCCUUGUAGCAAUUUCCCUCGGCCUCGGCCUUAUCAUUAGCCAGUUUUUCGGAUUCAGUUUAUAUUGAUCUUCCUGGUUGCAAGCUACCUGUUUUAGUGUUAGAGAAAGAUAAUUAGACAGGAAUUUUAAUUUAUUUAGAAUCAUCUUUUUUUCUCUUAUUAAACUUGCAAGUUUGUGUAUUCUUCAGCAUGCAAGGAACAGACUUGUGUCUUUGAGAAGUAUUUAUAAUUUAUUUAUGGUAGAAUUCAAUCUA